AUGGGCGACGUCCGGAAACAGCCGAGGCGAAGGAAAGGGCCAGACCAGGUCCCGAAGCAGCGCCACCCACGGGGGCCGAUGAAAGGCCAUGGGGCACGGUCGAAACCUUUAGAGCGAGGCGAGACGGUGUCCUCAGAAGCGCGCCACCCACGGGCCGAUGAAGGCAUUGAGCGACUUUCCAAACUGUUGAGGGUGGUGGUGAACGCCAGUGGAGCUCCAGUUCUGUGGCGUGUGAAUGAAGACGGUUUCCUCCGUUCCUCCAUUUUGAACGGCACGACCAUGUGGUUCCUGCAGGGCGCUGACGGACUGGUGGUGCCGGACCACUUCCUGCCCCUGGGACAGAACUACUUCCUCAUACCAUUUCCUCUCCCUCCUGCAGGCUACCAGGGAGCUACCUGUGAGCAGAAGGUGGACCCCUGUGCCUCCGGCCCCUGUCAUAAUAACGGGACGUGUUACGCUCAGGGUCCCGGCCCCCUGGGGUUCGGCUGCAGCUGCACGGCGGGCUUCACCGGCCCCACGUGCGCCCAGCUGGUGGAUUUCUGCGCCCUGAACCCCUGCGCCCACGGGGUCUGCCGCAGCGUGGGCAACAGCUACAGGUGUCUGUGCGUCCCAGGCUACCACGGGCUGUACUGUGAGGAGGAGUACAACGAGUGUCUGUCGGCCCCCUGCCAGAACUACGCCACCUGCAAGGACCUCGUCAACGCCUACGAGUGUGUCUGCACUACACAGUUUGAAGGCAGACACUGUGAAAUCUACAAGGAUCCAUGUCUGAAGAUGCGCUGCCAGAACGGAGGGCGCUGUGAGAGCGAAGGACUCAACGUGUCCUGCUCCUGCCAGCCGGGAUACCUGGGGGAGAAGUGUGAGGUGGACGUUAACGAGUGUGAGAGCAGCCCUUGUCACCAUGGAGGCACCUGCGUCGACCAAUCAAACGGCUUCACCUGUCACUGUCCACCUGGGUGGGUGGGGCCCAGCUGUGAGAUCCACCUGCAGUGGAAGCCGGCCCACACGGAGGACACCCUGACCAACAUGCCCCGCCACUCCCUCUACAUCAUCAUCGGAGCGCUGUGCGUGGCCUUCGUCCUCAUGCUCAUCAUCCUCAUCGUGGGCAUCUGCCGCAUCAGCCGCAUCGAGUACCAGGGAUCGUCACGCCACGCCUACCAGGAGUUCUACAACUGCCGCAGCAUCGACAGCGAGUUCAGCAACGCCAUCGCCUCCAUCCGCCACGCCAGAUUUGGCAAGAAGGCCAAGCCUGCCAUGUACGAUGCGACUCCCAUCGCCUACGAGGACUACAGUCCUGACGACAAGCCUCUGGUCACCCUCAUCAAGACCAAGGAUUUGUAAAACACAACCAUCCUUUCACAAGCUACACACAAACACACACAUAUAUAAACAGAACGUCAGUAUACAUCUUGAAGUAUUUCUUAAGAAAAAAAACAACAGCAGAACAAAAUUGAAUGUAUAGUUAGGAAAAAAAAACAUACUCUGUAGUUUAAAAAAUCUGGAAUUUGAUACAUCUAUUUUCCUGUCAAAGUCCACGAUAAGGCUUUAUUGUAGCAUACGAUGCAUUAAGUUAUUGACGACACUACCAGUAAGCUCUGCUGUACAAGAGAGAUGACUUUAGACUGUCUGUCUGCGACCCACGGCCCAACAUUUCUACGUGUAAUCUCAGCAGGCAGCGCUGAUGGUGUGGUAGACAUAGAUGCACUCCUCUCGGUGCAUACACUGUAUCUUUUUCUAUAUCUUAAAAAAAAAAAAUCUGCAGUAGGUUGCCUUACUUCGUGCAUGGUUAGAUUAGAUGUUCUCUGUAUUAUUUCCAAAUCCUUUGUACUUGGUUGUUGUUGUUUUUUCUCAAGAUUGUACCAAAUAUUUUUUUGGGAGGGGGUGAUUUGUGGUUAGUAGAGGAAAUAUACACAUGUAUAAAAAUACUAGUCACAGUUUUUCUUUUUUUAAAAUACAUAUCGUCUUUACAUGCAAGUUUUUUCAUUGGUGUAUGAUUAGUAAAGAAAGUUUACAGAAGUACUGUGACCCUACCAUCCUGCUGUAUGUAUAUCAGUGAUAUUUAGGAUAAUAGGUAGGUAUAUCUCUCAAGAAACAGACAAAUAGUUGGUUUUAAUCAGUGUACACAUUCACCUCUAGUAUUGACGGUGUUGAAUUGGGUGAUUAUUUACUGGCUUUAGGGUGGAUGUAAUGGAGGAGGAAGAUGAAGAAGAGGAGGGUGAUUUAAAUGUGCUUCUGUGUCCUGCCAUUGGAAAACGCUCUGUCCGUGCAGCUGUGUUGUUCCUCUCAAGGUCAAGCAAUGUUUUACCAAUAGGCUCAGCUCAUUUGAUUUCUCUCUCAUUUUAAACACAUUGGCCACAUGGUCACUUAUUAUCUAUGUUGAAUGAUGUAAACAAUAAAGAUUCAAGUGAACAACA